AUCAGUUGCUUCUCGUUGCAGCUCUUCGAACGGAUUAACAAUGCGCUUUAUCGCAAUUGCAGCUCUUCUUGCUUCUAGCUUUCUACUUAUUGAGGCAACGGCAACAUCAACUCGCGAAAAACGUCAAUCGUGUGGCUGUGCUCCGCGAGUUCAACCAAGCUGCUCAUGCCAACAAACCACUUAUGCUCAACCACCACAAUACAGUUGCUCCUGUCAGAACACUGCUCCAGUCCAGACAUCCUGCUCAUGUGCCCAACCAGUUCAGCAACAAACUUACCAAGUGCAAGCCUCUCAAUGUGCUCCAGCUUGUCAGCAGUCAUGCCAGAUGCAAUGCCAAUCUGCCCCAUCUGUUAGUCAAUGCCAAUCUACAUGCCAACAAAGCUGUCAGGCUUCUUCCUGUUAUACUCCAGCUCCGGUUCAAUGUCAACCAUCAUGCAUGCCAGCCUGUAAACAAUCCUGUGUUGCUCCGGCUCCACAAAUCAUCAGUCUUAACUUGGAGGUAGUUCCACAAUGUCAGCAACAAUGUGCCCCUCAAUGCCAACAGGCAUCGGCUCCGCAGUGCCAACAGUGCCAGAAUACCUGCCAGCAAUUUGCUCCAGUUUGCCAGCAGCAAUGUGCUCCUCAAUGCACAAUUUCAUCGGCUCCACAAUGUCAGCAGUGCCAGACUACCUGCCAGCAAUUUGCUCCAGUUUGUCAGCAACAAUGUGCUCCACAAUGCCAACAGCCAUCAGCUCCACAAUGCCAGCAAUGCCAAUCAGCAUGUCAAUCUCCAGUUGUUGCUCCAGUUGUUGCUCCACAAAUUGUGACUGUCAUCCUAGAAGCUUCAGUGUCUCAAUCUGCUCAAUGUGAACCAGAAUGCCAACAAUCAUGCCAACAGCAAUGUGUUCAACAACAACAACCAAUGAUUCAAUGCGCUCCAGCUUGCACCCAAUCAUGCUCACAAUCCUGCUCUAUUGCUCAACCAGCUCAGAUGCCAUGCAUGACUGAAUCGAUCAACUCCUGCUCUUGCCAGCAGAACUAUUCUCCAUGUGGAAAUGGACAGUGUUGUAAGAGAAAAUAA